CAGGGGGCGGGGCCUGGUGCCGCACACACCGGCCGGUGUCGGGAGCCGAGUGCGGAGCGGCGGCUGCCGUGAGCGCUGUGCGGUGGGAGCGGAGCGCGGCGCCGGGCACCAUGUCGUCAGAUCAUGAACCAGUUUACCCCGAGUAUGAGACUGAAACCAGCCAGACGUCGAAGCUGCUACGGAAGUUUAAGGAGACGCCAUUCGUACCCAUUGGGAUGGCUGGCUUUGCCGUGGUGGUGGGCUAUGGGCUGUACAAACUGAAGCACCGGGGGAACACGAAGAUGUCGCUCCACCUGAUUCACAUGCGUGUGGCAGCGCAGGGUUUCGUUGUGGGAGCAAUAACUUGUGGUGUGCUGUAUUCCAUGCUUCGGGAGUAUGUGAUAAAGCCCAAGGAGUAAUAGAACAAUGACCUACAUCUGUCCCAGUGGUGGCCUGUGUACUGCAUCUAUAAACCUCAUAUCAAGGGGUUCUUGAGCGGGGGGGGGGGGGGAAAUAUAUAUUGUUUUAGAGAAUUGCCCUUUAUUUUUGUACAUGGUACGCUGUUCUGAGGCUGGCAGCAUAAAUGAUUGCAUACUACGUGAAUGGGUAUGGCAGUGUGGUUCCCUUUGGCACUAUCAUACCCUGCUUUUUAGGGGAUGUAGUGGAGCACCCAUAUUCUUCCCCUGGGCUGUUUUACUCAGUCCUACAAUUGAUGACUUCACAAUUGAUGACUUCUCUUGUUGCCAUUGCCCAAAAUGACGAAGUCUGAGCUAGCUUUGCUAGACCUCAGCCAGGGUGUAGAGGCUGUGUCUGUAAGACAGCACUGUAUUUUCACGUCGCUUCGUGUCCUGUAUAUUUGCCAGCCUCUGGCCUUGUAAUUUAUAAGCUUCUAGUAGCACUAAAACAGAGAGAUCUAUAAACAUCUAUUUUAUUUCUUUUUAUUUAAGGCGUGACAUUAUUUGGUGCUUUUCAGCUAUUUAAAUGUUAUAUUUAUUAAUCGUUAAGGAAGACACAAGCUCCCUAUUUUUUACCAUAGGCUUUCAGCCCCUUGGAUUACUGUAUUUUGUGUAACUUCAGUGUCCUUCUGGCUAAUAUUUAAAUGUAACAUUUAAAGUAUGUCUGGGUUUGGCAUUCUAAUGCUUUUUGAAGUGUGAUCUAGCUCUAAUUUAUACAAUAAGGUUUUCCCAUAGUAAUUUUGAAGCACUUGCAUCUGAAAAACCCCUUGGGUGAGGUGUAAAGACCUUUGUAAACUGCCAGUGUGGUUUUAUGCAGGAACCCCCUUGUAUCUCUAACAGCAGUCACAUAAAUAAAUGUGUCGAUGAAGUGAAUUGGUUUUAAAAACAGACAAACUCUCUGACUAGCCUACAUUCCAUCGUGCCAAUGUUUCAUGAAUAAAGCGAGGUGUGCCCUCCAGCUCUGUGGUAAUGUUGUGGGGAGGGGUGUGUGUGAUGCAAUGUGAAUAAACAGCUGAGAGCAAUGCAGGUAA